GCGACAGCAGAUCUCAAGCGGAGUUUAUAGUCGCAAUUAUGGAUCUCUGGGUCAGUUAAUCGGCGGAUCUCUGGGUCAGUUAAUCGGCGACGGUGACUGUCCUAUUCACCAAAUUGAAGAUUAUCCGACUGUCUUCUUCUCUCCGGUUGGAAAAUCUGGUGGAGAUAAGUGAUAUGUUUGUGGUUGUUUUAGGAGGAAGAUCCAAAGGAGAUGAGGAAUCUGACAAGGUAAUUUUUGUCUUGUUCAAGGAUCUUUGUUGAAAACCAAAGCUUUACAAUUACAUAUUCACUAUGUUAUUAGGAUUACGUAUGGAUUUGAUUUUGAGUGUGAGAUUGAAUUUUGAGGUUUGCCUUGUUCAUGAGCUUUGAAUACACUCACAAUCUAAACUCUAAACAAACACCCGAGGAGCUUGUUCCCGAUUGAUUCUUAGAGGCACAUGUGAAAUAGAUAGAGUUUUCGUAAAAAGAAAAAGUAAAAAAACAUGUCAUAGUGAUAUCUCUAUGGUUCGAUAUCUCUCUUACUUGUCUUCUCUCUCGAAUGCCUUCCAUGUUCGUUUCCGAGGAGCUUGUUCCUGAUUGAGAGACUCCUCUGUUCAUCAAGCUCCUGACUUGAGAGGCUUAAGUAGCUUCGCUCUCUCUUUUGAGAUCCUCAGAAGUGUCGACUCUUAAGUUGCAUCCAGGGAACAACACAAUCAUCUCUAGCUACACGGUUUUUAAUCCUUUGCAGCAGAACCAAAGAUAGAGACAAGUAUGCUCGUGGAUCGAAGAGACAACUAAACACAGGUUUAUGACAAGAAUGCUUGGUGAAUUGUUGCUCGUGACUUCAAGGACCCAUUUUUACUCUUGUUUUUUAUGCCGACUUCUUUGUAAUUGUUUGCCUCGUGAAUUCUUUGUAAUUGUUUGCCUCGUGACUUCUUUGUACUUGUUGCUCGUGACUGCUUUGUUAUUUUUUGUUAAUGUAGUUGACUUGUGCCACUCUAUAUAAGAUCGUCAUAUAUUACUUCCACAACUCCCACAACUCUUAUCUCUUCUCUUCCUACUACAAUUCAAAUAAGUUAAUACUUCUUCUACUACAACUUCAUUGCUCAUCUUUUUCUUUUACCACUCCACAACUCCAUAUCUUCUUCUUUAUUUUGAUCUUCGUCAUUUUGCCUCGUGAAAUAAAUGGCAUCUUCUUCUAGUAAUAAUUUUGAAAAUUUGGACAAAGUGCUUGAUGAUCGAUUUGAGCAAGUGUAUGAUCAAGCGUUCGAUCAUAUUAGUGCUGCUCAUGCUGAUCGCCAACAAGCAAGAAAGCCAAGGAAAAAAAGAGUCCAUAUUGAAAGAAAUCGUGAAGAUGGACAUAUCCGCUUGUGGAACGAUUAUUUUAGUGAAGAUGCAACAUACCCUCCUCAUCUUUUUCGUCGUCGCUUUAGAAUGAACAAGGCGUUGUUCAUGCGUAUUACUGAUCGACUCUCUAAUGAAAUUCUAUUCUUUCAACAAAGAAGAGAUGCUACCGGAAGGUUCGGUCUCUCUGCAAUACAGAAGUGUACAGCAGCAAUUCGUAUGAUGGCAUAUGGUCGUGCAGCUGAUGCGUUUGAUGAAUACCUCCGGAUUUCUGAAACCACUACGAUGCAAUGCUUGGUCAAUUUUGUUGAAGGAGUUAUAAAUUUAUUUGGAGAUGAGUAUCUAAGGAGACCCACACCAGAGGACCUUCAACGUUUACUCGAUAUUGGAGAGCUACGAGGAUUUCCCGGGAUGAUAGGAAGCAUCGAUUGUAUGCAUUGGGAGUGGAAGAAUUGCCCGACCGCAUGGAAAGGUCAAUACACACGUGGAUCCGGAAAGUCAACCAUCAUUUUAGAGGCUGUAGCGUCACAUGAUCUGUGGAUAUGGCACACAUUUUUUGGACCUCCAGGUACGUUAAACGAUAUCAAUGUUCUUGAUCGCUCUCCGGUUUUUGAUGAUAUAUUACAAGGUCAUGCUCCAAAAGUUAAUUACUUUGUCAACGGCCGCGAGUAUCAUUUGGCUUACUAUCUCACCGAUGGUAUUUAUCCAAAAUGGGCUACUUUUAUCCAAUCUAUUCGGAUUCCACAAGAUCCAAAGGCAUCCUUGUUUGCUACAUAUCAAGAAGCUGUCCGUAAAGAUGUCGAGCGUGCUUUUGGAGUCUUGCAAUCUCGCUUCGCUAUAGUCAAAAAUCCGGAUCUUGUCCAUGAUAAGGAAACAAUUGGAAAGAUAAUGAGAGCGUGUAUCAUACUUCACAACAUGAUAGUAAAAGACGAACGAGAUGGGUAUAGACAGUUGGAUCCAACAGAAUUCGCACAAGUAGAAACACACAGAACUUCACAUGUGGACUCUACAUUUUCAACUGAUAGACCUUCAAAUGUCAACAAUUUGAUGACCAUUCUCAGCAAGCCGAAGGAAGUUCGUAGUCAGGAAAAACAUCAACAAUUGAAGGAUGAUUUGGUUGAGAAUAUCUGGCAAAAAUUUGCCACAAAUCAAUAUUACAACUAAACUUUUUCCCCAUAUGUAAUUUCUACUUCUAUUUUAAUAUGUUUUGUGUUUUGUAUG